AUGUCAGCGUUUCUCGUGGUAGCAAAGCAGUUUCAUCGAAGGGCUUCACGACAUCUAACACACGUGAAGCGCUAUCACGAAAUGGAGUUGGAAAAAGACACCCCAGGUACCUCAAGCGCCAACGGUGGCCCGCCGCCUAAAAAACAAGCUACUUUGGAGCAUAUUUUGGAAAAAAGUGUCAUGUAUGAUACCGAUGACCCUAGGGCAAAAGCGAUCACGCAAACAAUAGCUGAACAAAUGUGUGUAGACAUGGAGCCGUUUGACUUAGUAAAUAAACUGGGGUUUCAACACACUAUUAAGCAGUUUUGCCCGAAAUACAAAAUGGUUUCCCGUCCCCAUAUUUCGGAAAAUGUAAUACCAGACAUGUACUGCCGUGUAAGAACCAAAAUAAUGGAACUUUUGCAUGAACUUCCGCACAUCACUAUCACGACUGACUUAUGGACAAGCGAUGCUUCUUCGUCCGUUAACGACUUAUAA